AUGUCAAACCAAAGAACAACUACUUCCACCACUAUCACCACCGCCACAACAACAUCACCUUUAUCGAAAAGUAAAUCUAGUACUCAAUCCACUAAUCCCGUAUUGAGCAGGUACUUGACCACACCGAUCACAUUCACUCCAGCAAAACAUCAAGAGAAUUACUCAUCAACAUCACAACACUUACCUGCUUCGUACAUAAUCUUGUCUAAAAAUACCGCGAGAGCCAGUGAUAGUAAAGAAAUGAAGCAAAAUGGCAGUAUCAAUGGUUCUGCAGUAUUACAAAGUGCCAGAAACAGUGGGAAAGGUGUAAAUAGUGGAGUCAAGAGACCUAAAUCAUUAGCUGAGGCGGUUGCAUCAUAUAGUGGGAACAAAUAUGAUGGACCAAGGGAGAGGAAAAGAAAGAGGAAAUUGGCAGAGAUGGAGAAUAGAGAGAAGGAGAAGGAGGAGAAGCGGAUGGAGAGGUUGAAGGUUGAAACUGAUGACAGUGAUGAUGAAGGACAAGAAUAUGGAGUGGAUGAGGUGGAGUAUGACGAUGGGGACCUCUAUCCCUCCGACCAACCGCAAGUCAAGAAAUCAAAGGGAUUGUGGGGAUCACUCAAAUCACUUUUUGGUGGUGUUUCCAAUGGUGAGGAAGAAGAAGAUGUUGGUGAGGUGUUUGUUGAAGGAGAGGGAGAAGUAGAACAGGAAAGGGAGAGCAACUCGAAAAAGUUUAAUUUUUUGCAAAGAGAAGGAGGCUAUGAAGAAGGUGGAUCGCCGUUAUCAUCAUCAUCAUCAGCUGAUGAGAUUUAUGAUGAAAAUUCUCCAUUCACUGGAUUCAGCGAGCCAGAAAAGAGCGAAACUGGAGAGGAAGAAGAAGGAGAAGAGGGGGAGGAGGAAGAAGAGGAAGAUCCGGACUUUGAAGAUGUUGAAGUGACUGAAGUCGGUGAUAGCACUGACGAGAGUGAUGAGGAGGGAGAUGUAAGUUAUAACGAGAAUGAGAUUGAAGCAAGUCAUUCUUCUACCGAGAGCACACCAUCAUUGGAGAGCGAUGCAGGCGAUGGUGAGUAUGUGGAUGAAGAUAAAGAUGUGGACAAAUUGAGACACGAUUUGAAAAUUGAUCAACUUGUUAAUGGGCAAGGGAGAGUGCAUACAAUUACAAGGCGAGUUGAAAAGAGAGAGGAGAAGCCAAAAGAGCUAGUCAAUGGUCAAGAUGGUGUGAAUUUCGUCAAGUCUAGUUCAACUCCACCUACAUCACCAGAAGAUAGUGACGAACAAAAGAGUAGUAAAUUUCAAAACCAAUACUAUGCAUUUAAUGAAUUACCAUCUGAUUGUGGAUCCAAUGGAUCAACAAGAAUUUACAAAAACUGGCGUGAGUUAACCAAUGCCAAACCACCAGUGGGAUUAUUAAACCAUGGAGUUACAUGUUAUAUGAAUUCAGCCAUACAAACAUUGAUUCAUAUUCCUGCUUUCCAACAUUAUCUAAAUGAUAUCAAUCAAGGUAAAGUUGCCAAUUUGAAACCGCGAUCAAUCAGUCACAUAUUGGCUGAUCUAUCUAGGAGAAUGUGGAAUCCAAACAAACCCACCGCCAAAUAUAUCAAUCCCAAACGAAUAAUUCAACGAUUAGAUGAUAUCAAUUGUAUGAUGAGUGAGUGGCAACAAGAGGAUAGUCAUGAGUACUAUAUGAGUUUAAUGUCCCGAUUACAAGAGGAUAGUGUACCAAAAGGACAUAAAUUGAAUGAAUCGAUAAUUUAUGAUAUUUUUGGGGGAUUACUACAUCAAAGGAUUGAUUGUCAACAAUGUCACAAUAUUUCUUCUACAAGACAAGAGUUUUAUGAUUUAUCGUUGGGAUUAAACAAGAAGAAGUAUCAAAAUAGUUGUCGAUUUACAAUUGAAAAAUCAAUUAAUGAAUUUUUCAGUAAUGAAGUUAUUCGAAAAAAUGAUCAAGAUUCCAAACUGGGGUAUUUUUGUGAUAAAUGCCAGGCUUUCACCCAAGCCAACAAGAUUUCAUCCAUUUUAACGGCACCGGAAACAUUGACUAUUCAUUUAAAAAGAUUUAAAUUUGAUGGGAACUCACUGAGUAAAGUGAAGCAGGGAAUAAGUUACUCAAAAUACCUUGAUUUGACUAAAUACAUGGAUAGGGAAACAACUGAACAUAGUAGUGGUUGUGGUGAUGAUGGUACUACUCCAGUUAAAUAUCAAUUGAUUGCUGUGAUUGUUCAUGAAGGUAGAUCAAUCUCAAGUGGUCAUUACAUUUGUCAUGUGUUACAACCUGACGGAGUGAGUUGGAGUACUUAUGAUGACGAAUAUAUCAAUCGUAUUGAUGAGAGAAAGGCAUUACUGGAUGCAAAUGCCUAUGUGUUGGUGUAUACGAAGCUAACUCCGAAAGAAAAAAAAAAAAAACAAGGGAUAGAAUAG